GCAACAGCAGAAGUAACCUUCCGCCGCCGGUCGAUUCGCCAUCCGCUACGUCGAAGCGCGCGUACCAGUUAUUACGGUGACUCCUGGAAAUACAACUCUAGGUACUUCUUUAACUCCAAACGUGACCAAAGGGAAACUUGCUUUUUUGGGACACCCGCCACCUUUGUCCAUUUGUGCAGCUCAGCUCAGUGUAGUGUGCAUCGAUACUGCUCUGUGCGGGGGUAUUUUUUGGGAGACUUCGAUCGGGUUGCAUCGCCACAACUCAGUGUUCAGACCGUGAGCGAAAACCCAUAUCAUAAAUAAAUGGCAAGAGCAGCAAGGCAGCGGCGGCGGCAGGGAUAGGAGGAGGACGAUAUUCACGGCCACGGAGAGUGCGAGUCCCCCAAAGUCCGAGCCCCGACCCGACCCGAGUCGGAUUGGAGCAGCAGCAGCAGCAGAGCCCACAGCCACACAACAGUUUCGAAUUUAGUUCGCGAUUGGAUCGGCUGCGGUGUGGAUCGACGACGAGUUACGCGAGUAGUGUGACGAUUUUCCCGUUUUGCGUAGAAGGAGAAAAUUUUUGCAAGUGAAGUUUUGUCGUUCGUUAUUGCGUUCAGAAAAAUAUUGUGUCGUGUCCCACCUCACCCCCCAGUCUCGCCAGGUUCAGGUGAGGGAAUAGUGCGCGUUUUGUAAGAAGAUUUUGUGUGCAUUGUGAAGGGUUAUUGUUUUUCAAAAAAGUGAUCGAAAGCAGUAGAUUUUGUGCACCAGUGAUUUGUUCGUCCAAGAAAAUUGGAAAGGUUGGGGAUUACCGAGUUCUGAAGGUCGCGCUAUAUUGGAAGCGGUGCAGUGUGGAGUGUAAGUGUUUGCGAUUAGACGCAAAAAAGUUGUGAAAUAAGCAAAAAAAAAUCAAGAAAAAAGUAAAAUUGCAAGAAGAAGCCACAAAUAUCAAGUGUUUGAUAAGUAAUACGUAGAAUCAGAAUUUGACCGGAGAGGAUUAUUGUUUGUCUCGGCGAAUCUGCCGGCCGGAGGGAGCGCGUCUAGCGAGCUUACGGAGAGCGCCCCAGUCAGUGUGAGUCGUCGAAUACGUGAGCAUAGCUCGCCCCUACCCACAGAAGUAUAGUGUAUAGAAAAGAUACAAAACAGGAAAAUAAGUGUGAGAGCGGCCAAAGUCGUCGUCGUCGUCGGAAAUACAAACAGGGGCCGGCAGUAAAUCACCACCGGAGUCAAGCUGGCGGAAAUGUCAACAGAACGGGAAUUGACUCCCGGUGGACCUCCACAAAUGCAUCCUCUAUCGUACUCAGAUCUGGCCACUCACAUCCAGCUGAAUGGCGUCAACAUCAUGGGCAAAAACUUCAGCGAAACACCAUGGAAUACUUCGCCGCCAAGGCCUCCAAGUCCGACUCAGUCGCAGACCAGCUUCGAUACACUCUCACUUUCUACCGAACAGAUAGGAUCAAUAACAGCAGCUCCUCCAGCUGGUGCCACAGUAAACCCCACGCCGGUGUCGACCACUGCCGGAGCGCAGAAUGUGGCCAGCAGUGCCCUCGGGGUGGUCCCGGCGACGCCCCCGGCACCCCCGGAUCUACCGGUGUUCACCUGUCCCCGGCGGCCGAACCUUGGGCGCGAGGGUCGACCGAUCGUGCUGCGUGCCAACCACUUCCAGAUAACGAUGCCCCGGGGCUUCGUGCACCACUAUGACAUCAACAUCCAGCCGGACAAGUGCCCCCGGAAGGUCAACCGGGAGAUCAUCGAGACGAUGGUGCACGCGUACAGCAAAAUGUUCGGCGCGCUGAAGCCGGUGUUCGAUGGGCGGAACAAUCUGUACACCCGGGACCCGCUGCCGAUCGGGAACGAUCGUGUCGAGCUGGAGGUAACCCUUCCCGGAGAGGGUAAGGAUCGGGUGUUCCGUGUCACCAUCAAGUGGGUGGCGCAGGUUUCGCUGUUCAACCUGGAGGAAGCCCUCGAGGGACGCACCCGGCAGAUUCCGUACGAUGCCAUCCUGGCGCUGGAUGUGGUCAUGAGACAUUUGCCGAGCAUGACCUACACCCCCGUUGGCAGAAGUUUCUUCAGUUCGCCUGAUGGUUAUUACCAUCCUCUGGGCGGAGGUCGUGAAGUUUGGUUCGGUUUCCAUCAAAGCGUCCGUCCAUCGCAAUGGAAGAUGAUGUUGAACAUCGAUGUUUCCGCAACGGCUUUCUACAAGGCCCAACCGGUCAUCGAGUUCAUGUGCGAGGUGCUCGACAUCAGGGAUAUCAACGAGCAACGGAAACCCCUGACCGAUUCUCAACGUGUCAAAUUCACCAAGGAAAUCAAGGGUCUCAAGAUUGAAAUCACCCACUGCGGUACGAUGCGUCGGAAGUACCGUGUGUGCAACGUGACUCGUCGACCAGCGCAAAUGCAAUCCUUCCCUCUGCAGCUAGAGAACGGACAAACCGUCGAGUGCACCGUGGCCAAAUACUUCCUCGAUAAGUACAAGAUGAAGCUGCGCUAUCCUCAUCUGCCGUGUCUGCAGGUCGGCCAGGAGCACAAGCACACCUAUCUGCCGCUGGAAGUGUGCAACAUCGUGGCCGGGCAGCGGUGCAUCAAGAAGCUCACUGAUAUGCAAACAUCCACCAUGAUCAAGGCCACGGCCAGAUCGGCUCCCGAUCGUGAACGCGAAAUUAACAAUCUGGUUCGUCGGGCCGAUUUCAAUAACGACGCCUACGUGCAGGAAUUCGGUUUGGCCAUCUCGAACAGCAUGAUGGAGGUGCGCGGUCGGGUACUGCCACCGCCGAAGCUACAGUACGGAGGACGCGUUUCCAGCAUGAGCGGACAAUUACCUUCUGGUCCACAGAAUAAGGUGAGCUUAGCAUUACCAAACCAAGGGGUUUGGGACAUGCGAGGCAAACAAUUUUUCACCGGCGUCGAAAUCCGCGUCUGGGCCAUUGCGUGCUUCGCGCCGCAGCGAACCGUCCGGGAGGACGCCCUGAGGAACUUCACCCAGCAGCUGCAGAAGAUCUCCAACGAUGCCGGAAUGCCGAUCAUCGGGCAGCCGUGUUUCUGCAAGUACGCCACCGGACCGGACCAGGUCGAGCCCAUGUUCAGAUACCUGAAGAACACGUUCAACGCGUUGCAGCUGGUGGUGGUCGUGCUGCCCGGAAAGACUCCGGUUUAUGCGGAAGUCAAGCGCGUUGGCGACACCGUGCUAGGAAUGGCAACCCAGUGCGUCCAAGCCAAAAAUGUGAACAAAACAUCACCGCAGACACUGUCCAAUCUCUGCCUGAAGAUCAACGUCAAACUGGGUGGAAUCAACUCGAUCCUCGUGCCAUCAAUCAGACCAAAGGUAUUCGACGAACCGGUCAUCUUCUUGGGCGCGGACGUAACUCACCCACCGGCCGGAGACAACAAGAAGCCCUCGAUUGCGGCCGUGGUCGGAUCGAUGGAUGCCCAUCCAUCGCGAUACGCCGCCACGGUCCGGGUGCAGCAGCACCGUCAGGAAAUUAUCCAGGAGCUGAGCAGUAUGGUUCGGGAGUUGCUGAUCAUGUUCUACAAAUCGACCGGAGGUUUCAAGCCCCAUCGGAUCAUCCUCUAUCGGGACGGUGUGUCGGAGGGUCAGUUCCCGCAUGUGCUGCAGCAUGAGCUGACGGCCAUCCGCGAGGCGUGCAUCAAGCUGGAAGCCGACUACAAGCCGGGCAUCACGUUCAUUGUGGUGCAGAAGCGUCACCACACGAGACUGUUCUGCGCAGACAAGAAGGAACAGAGCGGCAAGUCGGGCAACAUUCCGGCCGGUACGACCGUGGACGUGGGCAUCACCCAUCCGACCGAGUUCGAUUUCUAUCUCUGCAGUCACCAGGGAAUUCAGGGCACCAGUCGCCCGUCUCACUACCACGUCCUGUGGGACGACAAUCACUUCGAGUCGGACGAGCUCCAGUGCCUGACGUAUCAACUGUGCCACACCUAUGUCCGGUGCACCCGUUCCGUUUCGAUUCCGGCACCGGCAUACUAUGCUCACUUGGUGGCAUUCCGAGCCAGGUACCACUUGGUCGAGAAAGAACACGAUUCGGGCGAAGGAUCUCACCAGAGUGGUUGCUCCGAGGACAGGACGCCGGGCGCGAUGGCUCGUGCAAUCACCGUACAUGCCGAUACCAAAAAAGUUAUGUACUUUGCUUAAAGAAAGUAUUUUUUACAAUUUGUUCGAUUUAUCAGUUAUUUUUAUUAGUUUGUACGAAAUUUUACACAUAUUUAUAUGCAAUUGAGAACUAUUUUCUCGUCUGGAAAACGCGUGAUUUUCAAAAACUUCAACAAUUUAGUAGCAUGCUUAUUGAUAACAACCAGAAAACAAGCACUUUUUCGUCGCAAACGCCAGCUGAAACAAACAGAACUCAACUGAAACACGCAAACACAGAAAAAAUCAUCAGCAGAAUAAUAACAAACGGUCGAUGUUAUAUUGCUACAGUCAGGAUUAGUAAAGUGUAUGAAUUAUUAUUUAAUAUAUUGCUUACCUUUCAGCUACUAAAAAGCAUCCAAUUAGUAAUUACUUAAACACAGUUUAGUGUUAGGGACUUAGUUUUCCGAGCAGCAAGAAUUGUGCAACUCCACGGAAAGGCAAACCACGGCAUCGUAGCUAGGCAGGGCAGCAGCAACUAAGGUAGGAGAACAAGAGAGGCAUCCCUCAAACAAAACGAAUUACAAACUCGAGCAAUAGCAAUGCAAGAAAAGCUUCUCGUGGAUUUUUAGUUUUUAGGUUUCACAAUUGUGUAAUUUUACUAUAUCGCCAGCCAAACAUACUUGAUCAGCGCGUUACUACUAUUAUGUAUGAUUGCAACGUAUAUUUACUCACCUCUUUGUAUAGGCGAACCAACACCAAUUGUAAACAACAAACAACACAACAAGGUUUCUUUACAUUUAUAAUUAAUGUUUACUUUAUUGCUCAAAGACGAACAUUUGAUAGGUUUCGAAAAACGGCUUUAAAACCCCACAAAAGCAACUAAAGAUUGUGAACUCUUCGGAAAAUUUCAUAUAGCUUCCAAUUUAGUUUUAUUAUACUAUAUUAUAAAUUCUACUCUUAUAAUUGUACAUUAGUUGUACGAACAACACACGCCUUACAUCCUAGCGUUUAAGUGAAGAGGCUUUUCAAGGGACGACACCACAGAAACACACAACUCACAACUCACUCACCGACGACAUCUAGAAACACAGCUCCAGCAACAGUAACAGAAACAAUAUCUUCUUAUAAGCGUAAUGUGAAAGCAACAAAGCGAAAACAAGGGAAACUAAUUUUAUUGAAAACAGUUAACAAUCCACAACCACACACCAAUACAUACAGACAGACAAACACAAACACUUACUACCAUUACUUAGUGAUUUUUGUUGUCCUGUAUCAACUAAACUCACCUAGUUUGCGUUUGUUAGUAGUACCUAGUUAACUAGUUAUUCUAUGAUGGAAACGCGAGGAUCGAGGACGACGACGACGAUAUGAUUGUGAUGGAAAUUGUUUAGAAUACAUCAACACGAAUUGUGAUAUUUUUUCGAGUAUGAAAACUGUUUUGAUUUGAAAUCGCGAUUCCUGAAUUCCGACCAACCCCUGGAGUUUUUCGCGUAUAUGUUUCUCUUUUUUUAGCAUUUAUACCGAAAUCUCCACAGGAGUUUCCCUCAGAAUGUUUCUCAGAUGUUGUCACGGAAUUUCUCUUGAAUAAUUUUGCGCGAUUCCUUGUGGUGUUCUCUUGGGAUUUCUCCAGGAGAUCUUCCCGGGAUUUCUCUCAGAAACCAUGUUACUGUCGUUACUUGUUCUGUGACUUAGUUGGUUAAAGCGCCGAUCUUGCGAAUUCGGAGUCGUGGGUUCCAAUCCCACCAGAACGCGAUUUUUUCACAACUUCAUCUCUCAGUGCCUUUUAAUUACAAGUUUUUCCAGUAUGUAUUUUCUAGAGUUUCUUUAGCCCAAGUAAGAUUUUGAUGAUCAAUUGGCCUUGAGAGAUUUUGAGAACCGUCAAAAAAACAACCUUAUACCUUUUAUUUUGGUUUUAUGACGGUUCUUAUGACGUCUUCUAGUCUAUUUGACUAAAAAAUGUCACUAGGGAGGAAUAUUUUUGGGAAUUCUGCUAGAGCUCCUUCAAGUAUUUAUUCAAGGGCCUUCACGAGAAUAUUCUGCAUGGGAUAUUCCGGGGAUUUCAUCCGAUGUGUCUCCUGUAAUUACUUCAAGAAAUUUCAGAGAACUUCCUAAAUCCGUUCACACCAUGUAAAACAAAUGAGAUGAAAGGAAUUAGGAAUCGAAAAAAAGUGAUUGGAAUUAGGUGAGGUUACGGUAGGACAUCUCGAUUAAAAAAUCUGGGUGUGAUCCCGCCAAGAAAUAUUGGGGAAAUUCCAAGAGGAAAUCUUAAAACUUCUGAGAGAAAUCUCAGGAGAAAUUACGGCCAAAAUCCCGCUAAGAAACCUAAGAGAAAUCCCGGAAAACUCUUUGGAAGAAAUCUCUGGAAGAGCUUCUGCAGAAAAUCCUCAAAAAUCCUGGGAAAAACUGUUGAAAAGCCAUCCCGGAGAACCAUUUUAGGAUAACUUUUGGAAGAAUUUCCGGAAAGAAUCCAGCGAAAAGUUCUGGAAACUUAUCGGGAACAUCACUGACAGAAAUCCCGGGAGGUACUUCUGAAGAGACUCCGUGAAAAACUCCUGCAAUAAUCCCGGCAGGAACUUUGGUAGAAAUCCCAAGAGCAACUCUCA